AUGUCUGACAUUAACAGAUUCAUCGCACUGUACAAGGGCAACCUCAUACCCUUGACCACCGUCCCUUCUGCUCUCACUUGGAUAUUACAUGAUUACUUUGUCACGCUCGAAGACGAGGUUCGCUUCAUAUGGGUCUGUUUCAAUCUUCCCCGUCUUGAGUCCAACCACUGGAUAUUGAAUACUUACUCUCAGACUCAAAAAUGGUGCACCUCAAAAGCCAUGUUUCUCUGGAUACGAUACUACAGCAUUGUGCUCCUUAUAUUCGACGUUACACAAAUACAUCUAUUCGCUCGACCUGGGAUUACCUCUGACAAAGUUUGUCUAGGCAUGGACCCGACUAUCCGAGUAAUUGGCGCCGUCUCCCUAUGGUCAAUAGAAAUAAUUAUGCAGCUACGCAUAUACGCCCUAUACGAAGGCAGCAAGAAGGUUGCCUUGUUUAAUUUUACCCUAUUCCUGGGAUCGAUUGCUGGGUUUCUAUGGGUUCUGAUAUACAACGCCAAGCUACGGCCUGCUCUGAUUGCAGAUGCUGUUCAUCUACCUUUACCUGGAUGUCCGAGUAUACACGCUGGUAUUGAAUGGGCGCAGUGGAUUCCAGCCACGGCGUUCGAAGGUGUUUUGUUCUGUUUUGCCUUGUACAAAGGCUUGCAGAAAUCGUACUGGGAAGCGAGGACGCAGAAGAGAUUCUCGCUGUACGCGUUGCUCUUGCGAGAUAACCUGCUGUACUUCUUCGCAAUAACAUGCAUUCUCAUAUUUAAUAACUUGAUGGUUGUUGGUGUAACGCACAUUCCUUGGUUCAGCUAUGGGCCAUUCCACGCCGCUCUCGAAAUCCUCACCGUUCGUAUGCUGCUCAACCUACGCAAAGCCACCGCCCACGACUUAUCUAGCGUCCAUCUCACUGAAGUUCACGUAGACCAACUCAAGAAUGUCAGACGCAAGGAUACUGCGGUAGCGAAGCGAAAUUUGUCGGCGCUGGCGUUUCAGCGGUCAGAGGAGUCGGAGACGCUGAAUUCUCCGAUGAGUAGUGUAAAUACUACGAUGGGACGAUGA